AGCAGGCUCUGCGGGUGUACGGGCUUACGAGGUCGGGAAGUGACGUUAGGCGUAAACAGGUCCUGCCGUAGCCGCUGCUGAGGCUGGCGGGCAGGACGCCGGCUGCCACUGACCGGAGAGAAGCUGCCUGCCGACGUCAGCCUGGGUCGCAGCCGCCGCCGCCGCUGUGGGGCAGACAGAGCAGGACUGCUCUUCUCUAGGGAAGCUGGAAAGGAAACAGCCAUGGCCAAGGACAUCCUGGGUGAAGCAGGGCUGCACUUUGAUGAGCUGAACAAGCUGCGGGUGUUGGACCCAGAGGUUACCCAGCAGACCAUAGAGCUGAAGGAAGAGUGCAAGGACUUUGUGGACAAAAUCGGCCAGUUUCAGAAAAUAGUUGGUGGUUUAAUUGAGCUUGUCGACCAACUUGCAAAAGAAGCAGAAAAUGAGAAGAUGAAGGCCAUUGGUGCUCGGAACUUGCUCAAAUCUAUAGCAAAACAGAGAGAAGCCCAACAGCAGCAACUCCAGGCACUAAUAGCUGAAAAGAAAAUGCAGCUUGAAAGGUAUCGGGUUGAAUAUGAAGCUCUGUGUAAAGUAGAAGCAGAACAAAAUGAAUUUAUUGACCAAUUUAUUUUUCAGAAAUGAACUGAAAAUUUCAUUUUCUAGCAGGAGGGCAAAAAAAAGAAAAAAAACCCACAACCCCCAAACCGAAAAAACCUCUGAACCAAUCCAGUGACUUGACUAAUGACUCAAGUGUGUUGUGUGAGAUGGUGUGUGAGGAAUGCAGCAUCUCUGAAGGCAAUAAAACAAAUCUGGGGGAGCUUGUUUCAGACGUCAGUGCCUAUCUGCAGGCGAACACCCAGUGGCCAUUGUGGUCCAGGUUCUCACCUCUUGCAUUCUCAGUCUGAACUGAGCAGCCUAUAAACUUUUUUUGUAAAUUCACAAAGCUUUGGAAGGAAAAGCAAUAAAUUAUUAUUUUCAAAUGGCUUGAUCUACCUCUUUUCCUGGUACCCUUGAAAUGUACAUUUAACCCUUUGUAAGAGAACCCUGGACUCUAGCCCGUAGUCCACAAAACAAACCAGGCAGUGGUCAGCAGCUACCUUUAUUUUGGCCAGACACACGAGUCAGACGAUACUCCCAACAAUCAGACCGUUAGGGCUUGUAAGCAAAACAGGCAAAAAGGGGGAACUAACCAGGACCAGCAUCUACCAUUUUCCAUGUGUGUUCACAAGUCUUUUUUUUUUUUUUUUUGAGUUGGCCUCGAGUAUGAAUUUAGAGAAAGCUAGCAGAA